AGUGCUCCACAGCCUCCUCCCAAAGGAUUAGCUAAUAUUCCCUGAGCAGGGCGCGCUCACCGGCCCAUCGACUUUUUCUUUCCUCUCUAUACGCGUUUUCCCUUCUUCUAGUUCAUUCCAGAGCAGAGAGAGCUUUGGAUUUCACUGAGCUUCUCUCUCUCUCUCUUUUUUUUUUUUUCCCUCAUAGCUGGACUGCUGCCAGUGUCUCGCAGGGCCGGCGUUUCAUCUAUCGGGACAGAUUUUUCACCCCAGCCCAGCUGCACGCCCGCUGCCUGCGAGCAAACCCCAGCAGCAAGCAGAGCUCUGGAGGGCAGCGCACCCCAUCCCCAGCCAAGGGGGACGUGGAGAGGAAGGAAAAUUGCCUCCAGCACUCAGAGAUUGUGCCACGGCGCAGCGAAAGAAAGAACUGUCGGAUCUCAAGGCAUGAGCAGCUCACAAGCUGCCCUGGGCUCUGCUGGAUCCCUGCAUGUAAUAUGACUGAUGCUGAGCCUUUCGACUGCCUUCACAGAGCCGAGCUUUUGGAUUUAAGGUAGUUUGCCCAGGACUGGACUUUGCUAUGCUGGCCGAGGCAGCUCUUGUGCUUGGUGUGUGGCUGCAGCUCGCUGCGGGGCAGGAAGCACCUGGCCAAGGUCCUCAGCCCUCCAUUUCCAAUUCAGAGGGAGACAUCCUCUUCUUACUGGACAGCUCUGGCAGCGUCUCCUACUAUGAAUUCUCCAAGGUCAAGGAAUUCAUGUGGGACCUCGUGCGGCCUUUCACCUUUGGCCCCAACGAUGUCCAGACCAGCAUCAUCCACAUCAGCACGACCCCCACCAUGGAGUUCCCCUUUGACCGGUACCUGUCCCGUGGGACGGUGCAGCAAGCCAUCCGGGACACCCGACAGCUCAUGGGUGACACCAACACAGGCAAAGCGCUCUCCUUUGCCAAGGAGAAGCUCUUCAGCAAUGAUGCUGGUGCCCGGCCAGAUGUGCCCAAGGUUCUGGUUUGGGUGACGGAUGGGUUCUCCAGUGAUGACAUCUCUGAGCCCAUGCAGCUCCUGAAGGACAUGGGAGUGACAGUCUUCAUUGUCAGCACAGGGCGGGGGAAUUACCUGGAGUUGUCUGCUGCUGCCAGCCAGCCUCCUGAGAAGCACCUGCACUUUGUGGACGUGGAUGACCUCCCCAUCAUCACCAAGGAGCUGCGAGAUGCUAUGCUAGAUGUUAUCCAAGCAAAUCGGCUCCAUGUGGUGGAUAUCACAUCAAGUAGCUUCCGUCUGAUGUGGCCCCAACUCCUCUCUCAAGAAACCGGUUACUACACCCUGCAGUAUGCCCCAACAGAUGACCUGGCAGCCAAGAGGACAGUGCAGGUGUCUGGGGCUCACACCAGCCUCACGCUGAGCAAUCUUGCUCCAGAAACUACAUAUGAGGUGGCACUCGUUCCUGAAUCCAACGUCCACUACUUCCCUCCCCAGACAAUAAGGGUUACCACCCUGGCAGAGGAAAUCAGUCCAGCUCAGAUUGUCAUCGCAGACUCCAGGCCGCACAGCUUCCAGGUCAGCUGGGCACCUACACCAGACAGUGUGACUAGCUACCAGGUCCUGUAUGGGCCACUACGUGGGGACUCAGCGCAGCUGCUGGAGGUGGAUGGCACCCACAACAGCACUGUUGUGGAGAAUCUGGCACCCAACACCACCUAUCUGGUGACAGUGACUGCGAUCUACAGUUCAGGAAAGGAGAAAUCGCUGUCAGCCAAAGCAUGCACUCAGGAAGAGGGCUCCAAAGUGAGGCACCUUCGCUUUGAAGACUUGGGCUCCAACACCCUGAAGGCUUCAUGGGAUGCUGCAGAUGGGAAGGUCCUUGGCUACCGAGUCAGGUGCCGGCGGCAAACCGGCCCUUCAUCACUCAUCAGUGUGUCACCACAAAUCCACAGCGUGCUCCUCACAGACAUGGCCCCAGGCACCACAAACAAAGUGUGUGUCAAGUCCAUGUACAAGGAUCAGCCGGGCAAGGGGCUGUGCCGCAUGGUGCACAUGCAGCCAGCUACAGAAGCCCCAGGGUACAAGCACAGACAGAGGGCAUGACAGACCUGAGCAUGAACUGAUCCCCCACAGAGCAGGAGAUCUUGCUUGGAACAAAGGUUUGGAUGAAACGGAGGGACCUACAGAGGAAAUCAGGAAGCUCACAGACCAUGUCCCAGCCUGCACUGUCUGUUGAGCUGUCCUGGUUGCAAAGCCUGAGGGCCAUCCUCAGUCAAGUUCUUGCAAAGCUUGAAGAUGGGGUUCAGCUGGAUGGAGCUGACAAUCCCACUGCUAGAUGCCAAAUCUGUACCCUCUCUUGUAUAAACCUGCCUGACAAACAACAAACAAAAGGCAACUGAUGAAUCCUCACUAUUGCUUGCUUAUUUCCUGUACUCUAUUUAUUAAAUGUUGAUACAGUUGUA